UUGCGGACAGACAUAGAGAUGGGCCGACAGGUGACGGGUGCGGCCAAUCCGACGGUACUGUAUGUGAGCGGAGGUAACACUCAAGUGAUUGCUUACAGUCAUCGGCGGUACCGUAUAUUUGGCGAAACGCUGGACAUCGCUGUCGGCAACUGUUUGGACCGAUUCGCCCGAGUCUUGAAAUUAUCCAACGAUCCGAGUCCUGGCUAUAACAUCGAGCAAAUGGCCAAAAAGGGUCAGAAGUAUUGUGCGCUUCCGUAUGUAAUCAAAGGCAUGGAUAUGUCGUUUUCGGGUCUCCUGUCGUUCAUUGAAAAAAGGGCCGAACAGUGGAUCCAAAGCGGGGAAUACACGGCCGAAGACCUGUGCUAUUCAUUACAGGAGACGGUGUUCUCGAUGCUGAGACCUAUUGCACGCAACGCUUUCGUAUCGACGAAGUGGAGGUGA